AUGGAUUCUGAAUCUUGUGCGGACCAAACAAGCAAAACCCAAGAUGAGCAGGCUAUUAAGGCCGAUGUUGAGCCAUCUCUAGGUCCUAUCACUCCUGAUUCUAACAAAGAGAGUGGGGAUUUUUCACUCUCUCCAAUCACUUUAGUUAAAAAACUGCCCAAAGCUCUCUCCUUUACUUCUAAAACCAACAGAAACGAGGACCUUUUUGACAAUUUUAGCAGCCCUCGAACACCCAAGGAUGGUGUUUUUGACCCAUUUGCUCCUGGUCGUGAAGACAAAGUCUUGGCUCCUCAAUGUAAGAAAUACUACGUUGAAGCGAGGGCCAGUGUUGCACGCCGGCUUAAUUUUACUUCUUCCUUCAGAGCCUUCAGAAAUGGGAGUUUUGGUGAUGAUGUGGAGUUCUUAUCGGACGAAGAGAUGUUUGAAUCUGUGUAUGAAAGUCUCUUGGAAGCUAUUGUUUUGAAGCAAACUGAGGGUGCUCUCGAAGAAAUGUCAAAAUUGGAAUGGGAUUCUGAUGAUUGCACAACACCUCCCGCAGCUCCUAUAGUAACUGGAGUUCCUGAUACUUGUCCUGAUGCUCCUCGGAAGCAAAAAGGUAAAUCUAGGGUUAUUGAUUUGGGAUUAUGCAGAAAGCUUGAAUUCUAA